AUGAAGAUUGAGAAUAAAAAUCGACAUGAAGACGAAAUUUGUGCUAAAGAAGAGAUGUUAUUGUUUAUGAAGAAUGAAAUUCAUCGAUAUGAAGAUAAAAUUCGUGCCAUAGAUGAGAUGCUAUUGUUUAUGGAAAAUGAAAUUUAUCGAUGUGAUAAAAAAUUAGAUGCGAGUGAUGAAAUGUUAUUGAAAUAUGAGAAUGAAAUUGAUCAAUGUUAUAAAGAAUUAAACAAAACGAAAGAUUUGAGUAUUACCAAAGAAACAAUGUAUGAUAAAGAACUUCGACAAAACAAAUUAGAAAUCGAAAAUUGUGAAUAUAAGAGUAAUAUCAAAAAUAAUAUUAUAUCGAAAUGUGAGAAAUUUGUAAACGAUAUUGACAAAAUUUUCAAUUGGGCAUAA